AUGCUUAAAAUAUCUUCGUAUGUCCCAUACAUAUACAAAUGUACUAAUGUCAAAAAUUUAAAACGACUUUAUGAGCACACACAAAAUAAAAGUUACAAUGAUGUAAUUCAUUUUUCAAAAGGACUAUAUCAAUAUAUGUGUAAAUAUCCCUACAAAUUUGAUAAUGCAUUUAUAAGUUUUGCAAAAACGGUAUUCAAUGAUAUUUCAAAAGUAAAGAUAGUUGAUGAAGAUAAAGGGGAUAUAUGUCUUUUGAUAUUAUUAUAUAUAAAAUGUAAAAAAAAAUGUAAAACAUUUAUGGUUGAUAAAAAUGUAAUUAAAUAUUUAAGUUGUAUUAUUGAAAAAAAUAUUGAAAACUUUGAUGAAGAUGAUCUUUCAACUGUUUUAACAUUUUUAAGUUGUACAACAAAUCAUAAAUUAUAUUCUGAAAAUAAUAUAAGAAAUAAUAUAAAUAAAAAUAAAAUAAAAAUUGAAAUUACAAAAAAAAUAAUAGAGAGGAGUCAAAAUUAUUUAUAUAAUUUUAAGCAAAUCAAAAAUUUAUGUAUAUUAUAUAGUUAUUUAUGUAGAGAAAACAUAACCAUAGAACUACAUAAUAAUCUUCUUAAUCGAAUAUUUUCGGAUUUAAAUAAAUGUCAAGGUACAGAUUUAACAAAUAUUAUUUUUAAUUUUUAUCAUAUAAAUAAUUUUUUUUUCAACAUUUUUUUAAAAAAAAUAUUUGAAUUUAUUGCACAAAACGAGGUAGAAAAAUAUGAACAGUCAGAACAUAAUGACAACAAUCCAAUUUUAGACAUUGAGGGGAUAAAGAAAUGGAAAAACUUAAAUAGUGAUAAUAACAAUUUUAAAAAGUUUCACUUUAGCAACCUAUUUAAUAUAUAUAAUUGUAACAUAUAUGUGUAUAAUUUUAUAAAUAAUUAUAAUAAAAUAUUUAUGGAAAUAAACAAAUUCAAAUUAAUAGAUCAAUGCAACUUUAUAGACAAUAUUUGGAAAAAUUGCAGACUUUUAUAUGAUUUUUAUAUACACUUUGAAUAUUAUGUAAAUCAAAAAGGAUGUAAUAAAAAUUGGUUAGGUAGUGCAAAAGAAAAGGCAAAAGAUGGUGGACUACAAAUUAAUAUUGCACAAGCCCUAUUAUAUGACAAUAUAUUUUGUAAAGACAAUUUAAAAGUACUUAUACAUAUAUACAAGAAUGGAAUAGUCUAUUACAAAUAUUAUUUUAAUGAACUUUGUAUUUUUUUGAAAAAAAACAUUUUAAACAUAUUAGAAAGUAAUCUUGGAAAUCUACAAAAUGAGGACAUUAACAGUGGUGAUAAUAAAAGAAUAAUAAAAAUAAAUAACAAGCAUAUUUAUAUUUUACUAAAUGUUUUAUGUCAAAUGAAUAUACAAAGUAAUAAAAUUUUAAAUAUAAUAACUAAUGAUUUUAAAAAGAAUUAUAAUCAUUACACUCUUAAAGAAAGUUUAUUAUUAUUACAUUUUUGUUUUAAUCAUAAAAAUGUAGAAAUAUAUAAAUUGAUUUAUACACACAUUAAUAAUAUAAUCAACAAAAUACCAAAUAGUAAGAACAUAAUAAUGCCAAAUAAUUUUGGUUUGCUAUUUUUUCCACCCUGUCUUUAUUCAAAUAAUAAUGAAAACAUAUAUAUAGAUACAUUUUUAAAAUAUGCAAAAUAUUAUUUAAAUAAAAACAACGGAAUUGAAAGUUAUAAGUUGAAUGACGAACUUUUUUUUUUGUGUUUAAGUUACAACAUAUUAAUGUAUAAAAAUGAAAAUGAAAAUAUAUUAACCAAAUUUAAAUUAAAACAGUUAAAAAUAAUUUAUGAAUUUCUACAAAAAUUUGAAAACAUAACAAAAAAAAUUAAAGAUAAUAAUUCUUUGUGCUUAAAAGAUAAAACAAAAAAAAAUAACAAAUUAUAUUUUUAUAAUUUUUUUCUCCAUAAAAAUAUAAAAAUAAAUAAUAUACUUAAAUGUGUUGAAAUAUGUAUGAGCCAAAAUGAAAAAAUCUAUAUCAAUUUUAUUAAUUUUUUUAACAUACACAAAAAAUUCUAUUAUGCUUACAUAGGCUAUAAAAGCUUAUAUUAUAUACCAUCGAUUGUACCCUCGAUCAUAAUCAAAAAUUGA